AUGAAGCUCGUACAUAAAGACAUAGAAAAGGAUGGCAAAGGGGUCAUUGUGCUCAUACCCGAAGAAGCUGAAGAUAUGUGGCAGGCCUACAAUAUUAUAAGAAAAGGAGAUCAAAUUCGUGCAUCAACUAUAAGAAAAGUACAAAAUGAAUCAGCUACUGGAUCGUCCACUAGCCAUCGAGUACGAACAACAUUAACUAUUAGUGUAGAGUCGGUGGAUUUUGACACUCAAGCUUGUCUAUUGCGGUUAAAAGGGAGAAAUAUUGAAGAAAAUGAGUAUGUCAAAAUGGGUGCCUAUCAUACCAUUGAUUUGGAAUUGAACAGAAAAUUUACUCUAAUGAAAGAAGAAUGGGACUCAAUUGAUUUAGGAAGAAUUGAAAUGGCCACCGAUCCAGCACAGACAGCAGAUGUAGCGGCAGUCAUAAUGCAAGAAGGUUUAGCACAUGUAUGCUUAAUUUCUGGUAGUCGGACAAUAGUACGUGCCAAAAUUGACCAAAAUAUACCACGAAAGCGAAAAGGAGAUGUAAAGCAACAUGAAAAAGGAAUUUUAAGAUUUUUCGACUUGGUGAUGCAGGCAAUAUUGCGUCAUAUCAGAUUUGAUAUUGUUAAGUGCACAAUAAUUGCAAGUCCUGGUUUUGUGAGAGAUCAAUUUUUUGAAUAUGUGAUGCAAGAAGCUGUAAAAACAGAUAACAAGACAAUUUUAGAAAAUAAAUCUAAAUUUAUAACUGCCCAUGCAUCAAGUGGGUUCAAACAUUCUUUGAAAGAAGUUCUAUCAAAUCCAUCCAUAGCUGCUAAACUUGAAGAUACAAAAGCAUUAGGUGAAUUAAAAGUGUUGGAUAACUUUUAUAAAACAUUGCAAUCUGAAUCAACUAGAGCUUUUUAUGGUAUAAAUCAUGUGGAAAAAGCUAAUGAAGUAUUAGGAAUCGAAACAUUACUUAUCACCGAUAGUUUAUUUAGGAGUCAGAAUAUUGCUGAGCGUAAACGUUAUGUUAAACUAGUAGAUAGUGUCAAAGAAUCUGGGGGUGAUGUCAAAAUAUUUUCAAGCAUGCAUGUUACUGGAGAACAAUUAUCUCAAAUUACUGGUGUUGCUGCCAUACUACGAUUUCCCAUGCCCGAGUUAGAAGACGAUGAAGAAGAAGAUGAUAAUGACUCGGAUGAAUAUACACCACUACCACCAAGUUGA